AUGGAACUAGUAGUUGCUGGUGUCACAAAUAAGCGCCCGAAACUUUCUGUGGAGGAUAACGAAACCACACAGACUGAUAGUGAAAUUGCGAAGGCUGUAGAAGAGGAAACUGCGGUUGCCACAUUGGCAUCUGAACAGGUGAAGCUGGAGAUUGCUAAUAUUCAUGAAAAGAUCGAGCGUUUCACUAACCUGGUCUCUGAACUGCUGGAAUCAGGGAAGUCUAUGCUGAAGGACCUGAGUAAUGAGUUUGAAGAACGAAUAAUUCUAUUACACAAGGAACAGAUGGAAAAGUGGCAAGAAGAGAUUAAGGAACUGCGCUUGCUCGAUAUUUCAAAUGAGGAGGCUGAUGCUCUUCUGCGAGAUGCUAAAUAUCUACUUCAAAAUGUCUGCGAUGAAUCCUGAGCUAUUUGCACUAUGCUAAAACUUCUCAAGAGGUAGCAGUCACAGUAGCUUGGUAAUUGACUUUUCUGCAUUUCUAGUGUUUUUGUCACCUAGCUUGGUACUUCUGUUCUCACAAAAAGAAAAAAAGACAGCCUCACAUUCCCAAAAAGAGGAGCAAACUAAUAGCUUUUGUAGGACUGCUUUACAUCUAUUGCUAAGUGGUGUAAAGCUGCUUAGUAUUUCCCCCCACAAACUUUAUACUACUCCCUAUUUUUCUGACUGAGAAGACGUGUAUAAUAGAUAUCACAAAUUGGGUACGAUGCUUUUGGUGCAAGAAAUCUACUGAAUUUCUUAAUGCACUUCAUUUGUUUUACUUUUACUUUUAUUUUCAUUGUUUUCAUUUUCAUAAUUGCUUUGAUUUGUUUGCCCGUAUCUGACCUUUCUUAUGCUUUUUCUUGAGCUGAGGGUCUUCCGAAAAUAGCCUCCCUACCUAAGGUGGGGUAAGGUCUGCGUACACUCUACUCUCCCCAGACCCCACGUUGUGGGAUUCACUGGGUAUGUUGUUGAUGAUGAUGAUGAUGACUUCAUUUGUUAUUUUGCGCUCUAAUCUAUUGUUCCUUUAGCUAUGUCUGAUGUGAGCCUGCUUCAUAAGAUCUUCAUAGCAAGCUGGUAGUCUUCUUAAUUUUUCAUUCAUCUAUUACUUUAAUCGCCUUAUGUGAUUUUAUAUGAUCCAAGGCACUAAGCAGCUCUCUCACAGAUACACAUAUAAGUGAUUUUCUCUAUGCUCUCAGGUAGAAAGAAGAGUGGGGUUAUAAGUACCUUUUAUCUGUUUGAGAUUCAAGAUCUGUGAUUUCAUCUUCUUAAAAUCAUGUGAAAACAAAUGAAUCUUAUGCCACGGAGGCCUGACAUCGGUAGAAAAACAGAGAAAAAACUGUAAGCAGAAAAUAGAGAUGGAUAUUAUUCUCUGAUUCCAGUGAGCAUAUAAAAUUGUCAGUUCCAAUUCUCAUAGCAUUUGCUUUUGAUCUUCUCAAUAAGUUG